CAGUGAGUCACAGAAUGCGCCAGUUCCACUCAUACCGGCAUGGUCGCGGCGGAGCUCAACUGAACUGAGAAAGGAACGAAUCAGUUCAUGAAGUGAUUCGGUUCAGUACGUUCACUCAAAAGAUUCGUUCGUUCGAACGAAUCGUUCGCGAACGACACAACAUUACUGACCAUCAGAUUAUGAGGAAGUGCAGCAGAAGCAAAUAUUGCAGCUUUUUCCUGCUUCCGUUUUAAAGUAGACAAAAAGAGAAAGAAGAAAACGGUUAGUGAGAGAGAAAUGAUGACUCGUCACAUUCCUUAAUAACAAUAAGCAGCUGGAAGAGAAACCUGGACAGAACAUGCUCCGCUUUAGGCUUGUCUACAUCUUCUUCUACAACUUGCUGCAGUUCUGUGGACACACAUGGAUACUGACUAACACCAUCAUCAGGUUUCUCAUAUUUGGCCAAGAUGCCGUGGCAGACACUUUUUACACUGUCGGACUUGUCAUGAGCCUCUGCCAGCUGCUCUCCAUUUUGGAGCUUUUCCACAUCGCAGAUGGGAUUGAGGAGGCCAAACUACUUCCACGCCUCAUCCAAGUUUUGGAGAAGAACCUGCUGCUCAUGAUGCUCGUCCUGUUGGAGGAGUUUCAGAGCAAACCAGUCGUGUGCGUACAGCUCUUCUUUUGGAACAUCUUGGACUUACUGAGGUACCCUCAUGAAGUGCUCUGUGUGAUGGAUACCACCUUCACGGUCAUACUGUGGGCCCGCUACACGCUGUGGAUCCCAGUGUACAUCCUGUCUGCCAUCACAGAAGGGGUCACAAUAUACCAGGCAAUGCUCGACACGGCGACGUCAGCCUCCGGCAUGCAGAAUUCCACAGAUUCCUCACACAGUCAUCAGCCGUUUGUCCACAAGGCUUCUCUGCCUCUUCUUGCUCUUGGUGUGUCGUUUACAGUGUGGCAGUCACUGAAGGAGAGACAACAUCAGCUGGAGAGGUGGCACAAGAAGAUGAAAAGAAAGUGACCGCUUACUAAUAAACUAAGGAUACAAUGUA